UCCGUUCAGGUGAGUCUGGAGUUUACCUGCUGCUGCAGGUCGAGUCCCGGGAAACCUCUGAAGCCAAAGCUCCGAGUCUCCGGGCCGCACGACGAACGCGGAGGGGGAUUAGAAGCUCAGCUUAAAGCAGAGGAGAAUCGUCUGUUUUAGUCAGAGGUCAGCGUGGGAACAGCUGGCACACGGCGUGGACGCGGGGAGUUGCUGUCGUGCCUUGCGUAAAAUGCGCGCUGGAGAGGGAGGCGAGGGACGGUGAGAGCCGAGGGAAAGCGGAGCGCUUCGUGAAAGAAGAGGAGAGGAACUGUUGAUGUUUUUGGGUUUUUGGGUUUUUCUUUCCCUCGGAUUGGUUGUUGAGAGAACACUAGCGGGAUCUCCACGCCGGGGUUUCUGCUGGAAACGACCCGCUUUCAAAGUGUUCACCGGAGCUUUUCCGGUGAACUCCGACGCACCGCUGGCUCCUGAAACAGGUCCCAGAGAGUCUCAUCCUCGCCAAAGCCACCAGGAAGCUACGAGGCACGGAGUUCAGAAGUCACAGUGGUGGAGUUCUACUUUUAAUUAAAGGUGACGCAAACUCCUUUCAAAUGAAAAGACGUCAUGUACUUACUGAACUCUCGUAGGGCUUUUUUUUUAAAGACUUGCAUUCAGCUAUCAAGGAUUUCUUUCCCCGAACUGUUGACUCCAUCGUUUGGAUGUAAAUAAACAUUCAGAGCUGAUGCUGAGGAGUUGAAAUAUUGCCUUUACCGCCUGGAAGAGUGUUUCUGCCAUUGUUGAGACCCAAAUAAAGGUCAGUUCUCCUUGAUCUUAUGGUCACUUUUCUCCUUGGGUUGUUUAUUCUUCAGACUCUGGAGUUUUUUCUAGUCAAAGCUUCUGGGUUUCCUCCUCAAACACAUCUUUUAUUUUUCAUAAGGACUACAUUUAAACCCAAUUUUACUCAAAAUAACUUGCCAGGAGGAAGAGGAGGGAACCAAAGCCACAGUAGGGCAGAUGGCUUUUGUGCUCCAAAACAUCAACGGCUGGAUGAAUAAAACAUUUGGAGAGGGAAAGAUUCAUGACAUCUGGAAGUGAGGAACUUUGAGGACCACUCUGCUCGCCGUCCUCACGUUUCUGUCUGCUCUCCGGCUUGUUUCUCCUUUUUCUCCUUUAUUCCACCUUGCUGUACCCCGCGCACCGCUUCGCCUUAUCCUGCUCCCAUCUUCUCCGCCCUCCGGCUCUCCGUCUCCAGCUCGGCGUGUGAUGGUGCGUCCCCUCCUCUCGGCCCUGGAGACAUGCCUGUACAGGAGAUGGCGGUGAGUCCUGUCAAGUCCCUGCACUGGGAGCAAUUCCCCCCCAUGUCGCAGCGCCGUGUCUACUGCACGCCUGUAUACCAUGAGGGCCUGCUCUACGUGCUUGGGGGCUGCAGCGAGACCGGCAUGCCCCUGGACAGCGUGGAAGUCCUGGACGUUGAGAGCCAGACAUGGAGCCAGCUGCCCCCGCUCACCAUUGCGCGGGCGGGGGCUUCAGCCGUGGCUCUUGGGGGACAGGUGAUGGUGCUCGGAGGAAUGAACCAGCAACAGACCCCGCUGGCCUCUGUGGAAAUGUACCACCCCGAUGAGGGCAAGUGGGAGACGAAGGCCAGUCUAGGUCAGCCUUCUAUGGGAGUCACCGCCGUGGAGAGAGAUGGGAAGGUGUUCGCCCUGGGCGGAAUGGGAGCAGACACAACACCUCAGGCUUUUGUUAAAGUCUACGAAGCAGAGAAGGAUCAGUGGCAGGCCACCACCUCCAUGCCCACGCCACGCUACGGAGCCACGCCCUUCGUAAUAGGAAACAGAAUUUAUGUGAUGGGUGGUCGUCAGGGAAAGAUGCCAGUAACGGCACUGGAGGCUUUCGACCUGGAGAUGAAGAGCUGGACUCGGUACCCCUGCAUCCCCAGCCGGAGGGCGUUCUCGUGCUGCGCUGCCAAUGAGCGCAGCCUGUUCAGCCUGGGUGGGCUCCAGCAGCCGGGGCCUCAUAAUUUCUACUCCCGACCUCACUUUGUCAGCACUGCAGAGGAGUUUGACCUGGAUCAAGGUGUUUGGAUCAAACCCAGCCGAACAUCUAGGAUGCGGGAAAAGAGGGCGGACUUUGUGGCAGGAUGCCUUGGAGGAAGAGUCAUCGUAGCUGGUGGUCUGGGUAAUGAGCCAUCGCCCUUGGGCUCAGUGGAGAGCUACAACCCAGUGAAGCGGCGCUGGGAGUAUGUGGCCCCCAUGCCCACUGCACGAUGCUCUUCUGCUCUGCUGCAGACGACCAGCAUCCUCUUUGUGAUUGGAGGAGUUGCCCAGGGACCCAGUAACGCUGUGGAAGCCCUCUGCUUACAGGAAACAGUGUGAUGCAGGCACAAAAAACCCUGAAAUUAAUGCAAACCGGCACCAGUAUUUUCUUCACUCUAGAACAUGCAGGAGUUGGAUCGCACUCAGAUGCUUUCUCACUUUGAUCGGCAACAAUGGAUUCCACUUACACACUGGGAUGUCAACGACUUGUGGCAUUGAAGAAAUGUUUUCAGAGCCGGACCGUGAAGCAGAUUGCUGUCCUGGCAAAGACAGGAAACUGAAAGCUUUUAUACUCCGGGGAAAUCAGAGCGAGAGAAAAAUGAGCCAAACAACAAACCGACACGGACCCGGUUUCUGAAGAAACAACCUGGCUUUGAACUAUUGAGCAUUUUUUCAGAAUAAAAGCAGGGUACUUUUCUGGAUACUAAAAGGAACAUAGGGCCAUAUCUGAAACGCUUCUUAGCAGCAGCGCUGUGCUCUGCUUUCAUGGCAACAGCUCGCUCCGACUCUUUUCUAGAACCUCAGAGGCAGCACUUGGUUGAGUUGUAGAUGGUGGCAUUCAGAGAGUGUGGAUGUCUGUUGUGGUUCUUUGUUCUGUUAGAGUGUCGUAAGUGUGAACACUACCGCUGCUAACAAUCUCUACAACGGCGUCAACAACGAUGUUUUCAAUGCCUUCACACCACAAGCGAGUCACAGGCCUGCCAGUCAGAAAAAAACAUCCACUUUGUUCCAACAGGGGCCCCAUCUUGAGCACAAUCACACUUUCCUUGAUUGAGGAAACAGUGAUUGUGGAUUAGCUUGUCAGCACUUUGCUUCGCCUCACAUCUCUCCAUCUCUACACCACACCAAUCAAUCACAGAACUCCAACCAACACUCACUUUGCGGUGCAGGGAUGAUUUUUGCUUGGGGGAGUGAAUGUAGAGCUACCUGCUGCACUGAAGCAUCCUGGGAAAUCAGCUUUCUGUCACAUGAUGGGGUAUUUUCUCCUUAACGUUGACAGUUCACUUUAUUACAAACGUCAGCUUGAUGUCAAUUGAGAUGAUGGAUGUGGAUGUUUAAAGGUAGUCAUAACAGAGUUUACUAAGAAUGCACUGAGUCGGAGACAAAAUCGUACAACAUGUUGAAGUUAGGAUGCUAUUUUAAUCUAUGAUUUUUUUUUAAACUCUUGAAGUAUUAUUAUUUCAAGGCAUUUCUACAAGUGCAGCAGUCCUGCUGCUGGGAUUGCCAAAUAAAAUGCUUGUAUUUCAGAGGUCCAACCGAUACAAGCAAAACUUAGUGGAUCAUUGAUGCUUUCUUAGGAAUUAAGAGUAAAAGUAGCAGUCAGCCUCUUCAAGUCAAAAGCAUAUUAGAUUUUUCCUUUCUGAAGCAUUUAGAUGUACGCUAACUCAAUGUCAAGCAGGAAUGAGAGACACACAGUGUUGGUGCAGUGCUUAAGCGUUAGCAGAUGUAAUGUUUCUGAUUAAUUCCUGAGGUUUAGCACAACUCUUGGUCUUUGCUUUCAGGUAGAGUUAGUGGUAAUUGUUUUUGUCACUUUUUUAUGUUUGUACAUGAAGCAGAGUUAGAAUAACUGUUGAAUUGUGUCAUGACGGUUAAGUGAAAGGCUUUUAAAAUUCCACAGAAAUAAUCAAGUUGGUUAAUAAGUGAAUUAAGUCAUGCGUCACUCCUGAUGUUCACCAUUAUUAUUUUAGGGGGCUUUCUACCUCCCUUACUGGGAGGAUUGUUCUAGAAAGCACUCAAAUUGUCAGUGAGCAGCUUCUCCGUUUAUACCCAAUGCACUAUAAAACAGCAGUCAGUCUCUGCUGGUUCAGGGGAGCAAAAAAAAAAAAAGACAAUUUGCAUUAUAAAGCUGAGUCAAUAUCAAGUAAAACAUGUAAAAACUCCUGUUUUCAUCACAGUUGGAGUCAGUUUAGCUCUCUAGGUGAAAUUAGCUUCAGUUCAUUGCUGCCUGGAGAAAGUUUAAUUGAAAUUGUCAGGUUAUUAGGAGGCAUGUUAGAACAAAGACACUUGGAAAUUAAAGCUGAUUUUGUUUAGUUUUAAAGAGAAUUCACAGAUAAUACUUAACUUUAACAGUCUAACACAAAAUAAAAGUUGAGCCACACCCACUUAUCUAACUAUAAGGAAUGUAAUUUAUUAAGUAAAAUCAAAUGACUCCAGAUCAUUUAGAUGCAUUACACAAGGAGAGAGCUGCCUCUGGCCAUCGUUAAAAGAGUUUUGUCUUCGCGUUGAACACACGCUCACCCUGUUCACCGUCUCGUCCAGCUCGCAGGUUUUUCUUGCCUGUUUGGUGACCGACCUCACUAACAGAGUCAGACAUCUACUGCUGUUGGAAAGCUCAGAUAAAAUACCAGCCGACAAGCCGGUUAUUUCUGGCGCUGCACUCCGUGCUCCUAAUUGGACACGUUAGGCACGAGUCACCGCGUAUACGUCCACGGAACAGUCCACACGUUUACUCUGCUGUCCAUACAGGGAACGGAGCCUGGAUGAAUGCGUUCUGAUUCAUUUCACCACAUAUUCAGGUUUAUCUUCUAUUUGUUUCACAUUUGUGCCUUGCACAUUUAUAUUUACUGACAUUAGGUAACCCACAAAUAGCAAAAGUGUUAGGACGUAAAAUAACACAACAUAUAUAAAGACUCUGGCUGUGUGGGAUUUAAUUGAUAUUUCAAUGCCACCCUCUUCCUCUGAGAGCCUGUCACAUUAAAAUAAUCCUCUGCAUAUAAAAAUAUUUUAUAAAUUAUUUAGCAACUUAGAGGCAGCUGAACUAGUUGCAGGCAAAGCUUGGCAGCAGCUGUCUUUAUCUAGCAGACGAGGCGCAACAUUACACUUCAUUUUCAGUGACGUUUCUGGCAGCCUGUGGCUCAACCUGGGUAAACUGUGACUCUUUAGUGACUAAAUGUUCUCCAACCUGACCCCUGAGUUGUUUGGUGCUAAACGGGUCAUAAACAGUUUAGGUGUGAGAGAUUUAGACCAAAGGGUAUGGAGAGAACAGCAGUCAGUCAGGUCACCUUUAUGUAAUUUUUUGCAUAGGCAGAUUUAAUAUUACAAAUCUGGCCCAAUGGUCCUUUGACCAUCUAUUAUACACCUCUGUGUAUAAUAGAGGUUCCUCUGAGCUUAAAGGCCUCUGGAAGAGAAUCCAGUAAAAAUCAAUUAUGUCUUGUUCACACAGGAGGAUUUUAAAAUGAUUGGCUGAUUUUCCAAACCUGAGAGACCAAACACAUGACAGUAGAAAAUCUACGGUACAACAGUUUUGGUUGUACAGUGUGUGAAUCUGCGUAUGUGAUUGGAUUUAAAUGAUUUAUUUAUUUAUUUGCGCAAGGUCGACACAGUAGUUUUAAGUGCCUUGAAACGACAUUUGUUGUGAAUCUGCCGGUAUAUAAAUAAAAUGAAUCGAAGGAACUGAAUGAUUUGAGGAGCACAACAACAAGUUUGAGGUGCUGACUUCACCAGAUUCCCCAGAUCUUAAUCCAGUUGAGCUUCUGUAAGAUGUGCUGGACACAUAAAUCUGAUCCAAUGGAAUUUACAGGCCUUGAAGGAUCCACUGCUGUCAUUUUGUUAAUUCAGUGGUUCAAAAAGCAGAAUUAAAGUCUGACUACAGUACAUAUCAGGAAUGACAGCUGAGGUUUGUGUGUAAUAGAGGACCUGAUUCUGUAGUGAAAAGGGAAACUGGAUCUUUUAAGUUUCUGCUAAUGCGAAUUACAAUGGAAAUUUUAGUAUUUUAGAUCUGAAGACAAGCAAUAACAACGUUCCCAGCUGCUUACUUUCUAAGUUUGAUGGACAACCUAAGCAGCCUCUCUUUUAUUUGAAAUGUGAAACAGACAGUAUAAAGCUAGUGCUUUGAUUUGUAGAAAGGACACACACAUGCUGGGUCAUCAAAGCCCGGGAUCACAGCAUGGGGGGACUACAUUAUGAUCAAAGCCAAUUCAAGGGGCUUAUUUUAAACCAAAGAAAUUAAUUAUUUACAGUUGGUAAAGGUGUGUAAAAACAUCUGUCAUAGCACAGGCUUAUCCUCACACUGGAAAUGUUUUGAAAAACCCUCCAUUUCAUUUAAGUACAUUUCCACAAAUGAGAAAAACAUCCCACUGAAAAUCACAGUUACACAAUUGCUGUUGCUACAUUUGUCAGCACUACUAUUGUUAUAUUUUAAAAUUGUAUAAUACCUCUUGGUGAAUAGGACUUUGUCCUGUUCAUUUUAGAUCUUUUCCUACUUAAACACAAUGAUACACUGGUCAUUCAUAUCCAGGUGUGUUGGAGUAUGGACAUGUCGAAAACUGGCUGGACGAAUGAAUGAAAUGGAUUAAUUACUGCCAAUCAACUAAGAAACAGUCUACUGCCACCUAUUGGCCAGCGUAUGAACUACAUCUGGCUGCGCUUCAACAACUCUAUUUAGCUGUUAUGAAGAAAUAGAAUGGCAGGAAGAGUGAAGCGUGCCACAUUAAAAUAAAAUAAAAAAACAAUACUGUAAAAUAAUUAUUUAAAACUGGAAAUAAAUACAGAAAUAAUUUAUUAAAUAUAUAAUUAAUUAUACAUGCCUCAAUUAAAAGCUAGAUAUAAUUGUGAUUUAUUAAGUUCAGGAGCGUGGUGACGGUCCUGCGUGUAGGAAGCUGAGUUCAAACUGGGAUCAGCGUUAGCCCCACUCACUAGCUAGCUAACUAGCUGACACCGGCUAACGCUCUUUUCGUGAUUAGUGAUAUUUCAGACCAAAGUAAAGAUAUAAAGGAUGGAGUUGCUCACACAGACUUUGUAGUAAAUACAUUUCAACCAUUUAGUUAGGUUAUUGAAGUUAUUUCUGCACUUUCCAGCGAAGAUAUUGACCUCAGAAUAAAAGCAAACUAAUUAUUCUAUGAAGUUGUCCUGGCAUGCUAUUUGAAGCAGUGGGUUUCAACCAUCAAGCCCAGUGAAGUUGACAGUUCCUAUUAAAUCAUGUUAUGCUUCAGCAACCUGAAAUACAUAUCUAGUUUUUAAAACAAAAUCAAAACAUUUAUUUUAGGCAUAUAUAACUAAUUCUAAAUGUUUCUGAAUUUAUUAGCAGUUUUAAAAGAUGAUUGACACAUUUAAAUAAUGUGUUACUUAUUUACAGUUAAUUCUUCCCUCUUCAUAGCAAGAAUUGUAAAACAAUUUCACAACCAGUAGCUGUUUUGACAAUAUAAUCCACACUAAAGACAGGAAUAUUUUGUUUGAUUAUGAGUCUUAUGUCCAAUUAUUCUAAAUGUUACUAAUUUGCCUCAUACUUAGAUUUAAAUAUAAUGGGUUUGCUAUAUUCACAUUAACCAUCUCUGUUUAAUUUAAUUGUGUUUUGACAACAAAAACACAAUUAAUUAAUUUUUUAGUCAUAGAUGAAUAGCAACAUUAGGGUGUUAAAAUACACACUAAUUAAUCAAAAGUUUAGCAAUUAAAUUUUUUUAGCAAUUAUUUUCAGCAUAAAAAACAACAACAAAAGAACAGCCCAACUAAAGAAAGCAAUUGAAAUGAAAAGUUGAAUUUUUCAAAAACGUUAUGCCACUACAUCUAAACUUUUAUUCACUUCAACAAACUGUAGAACACACAGAUUCAAAUAUUUCAUUAGCUUGGGAGACGUUCAACCUGCUAACUGUGAGCCUGCUCUCCUGGAGGAGAGCCAGUGUAAUAUAAACAAAACCUUCAGGAUAGAGCUGAGCUCAAACAGAGUUAAAAGCAGCCUGUUCUCUGCACAUCAUCACCGCACACAGCUUUAAAAUGGAAAACAUUAAGCUGUGCAGCUUUGGCUGAUGCACACUGAGCCUAAGAGUACCUACAUCCAAAAUUUAUGUGCAUCUGUGUCAUUGUGUCACCUUGUGGAUGUGCGGCUGUUCUUAUGAGUCUGCGUGGGCGCAUGAAUGCAAAUCUACACACACCACGAGGCGUCUGCAGGAUCCGUACAGCCCUCCUUUGCAGGGAUUCUGUCUCUCUAGUUCUCUCAUCCAUUUUUCCACGUCACCCUGCGGUCCGGGGCGACGUGCUGGAGCUUUGCCAGAGCCAACUCUCUCAUGUUGGAAGCAUAAUUUUUUUUUUUCUCUCUGCCUCUCUGUCCCUGUCAGGAUCAGGCUGCUCCGCUUAGAUGACGUCCUAUAAAUCUAGAAUCAGUUUCCAGGUGAAAAGAUGCCUCUCAGGUCUGCCUCAUGUGACUGCGUGUGCUGUUUGCACAUCGGGGGUGAGUUCUCCUUUGUAACAGCAGGCUGAGAUGGAGAACAAAAGAGCAGGAUGCUUCAGUGCAGGUAGCAGCUAAUUACAUGCUGUGCUGUUUCAGAGGGCCACUAGGCGAGUGACACCAGCACAAGCUAACGGGAAUGUUGAAAGCCAAAUCAGAGUGUCGUAUGAGGGCACAACAUCAGCGGAGAGUAAAAAAAUGAUGAAACGUUUGAUAAAUCUGCAGAACCUGAGGCCAUUUUAUAAACACGAAUGAUUUUGUGCCAGUCUGUCACAGAGUCAUUCAUUUUCGAUCCUCCUCACUACCGACUGACUUCACACACUUUGAUCAUCUUACUCACAAGCUGCGUUUCCAAGCUGCGCAAAACUUUCAGUGUUCUGUUAAAGUCAAAAACAUACAAUUUUGCGGUGUUUCAGUUAACAAAGGAUGAAUGAAAUGAAAAUCACACCUGAAUAGGUUCAAAAACCACCUCAUCUUAACGCUAAAACUUUUCAUUGAAAAACAGCGCUUUUUUCAAAAUUGCCGUAUUUUCAUUAAGCUAAUCCAGUUCAGAAAUUUCAGAUUGCGCAUUUAGUGGUGAGACUUUCACUAGCUCUGUCUCCAUUGACCACAGAAAUUGUGCAAAUUGGAAUUAAGAAAAUAAGUUAAUUUAAUGCUAACACAGCAAUUUUGGUAAAGGUCACGUUUUUCAAUAAAAAGUUUCAAAAGCUGGCAGAAAAGAGGAAGUGACAGGAGGACGAUGGCACGGCAUGAUUUUAAUUGUGUUUCUUAAAUAAUGGAAACACCGCAGUUGGGAAAUUGGGUCUUUUCGACAUUAAUGGAAUAUCGACAAGGUUUUGCUCACAUUUGUAAUGGAAACGCAGCUAUUGUACCCAUAAGAGUAGCCUUGUGUGUCCUUACCUCUCCGAUCUGCAGAUACAUCAUACCCCAUCUCGUCCAAAAUGCAUUUUUGUUUUUGAUGUUGGCAUGUUUUGUGCCUUGGUUCCCAACUAUAGGGCCCAAAGACUCAGGUUCUGACAAACAAUUUCUAACUAGGGGGAAGAUUAAAAUUUUGUUAAUUCCAGUGUGGGCAACAUUAUGUCCAUUUCCUGGGUAACGGGGAAGACCCACUGGUAGCAUAAAUAUGUUUCUCUUAUAUUUGCAUAUCGUCUCCAUCUGUUCCUGUUUUUCUUUGCGAUAGAUGCUGGACAUGUGAUACACUAUUUAUUUCCUAAUUCUUCUUGUUUAUGCUCCUUUAUUUCCCCUACAGUUGUUUGUGUUGUGGACUGAGGUGACCGACGUUGUGGUGGUGUUGCCCACUGUGGGCUGGGUUCCCCCCCAAAGUGUUUGUUACUGGUUGUGUCUUCUUAAAAUGCUUUCAAGCAAGCAGAUUAAUCUAUUUUUUUUUAAAUGUGCAAAAAACAGUCUAAACAUGUCUAAUUGUACUGUUUUGGUUGUGUAAAACUCUUAGAGGAACUGAAAAUUUUAUGAAAUGAAAGAUACGGUGCUUGCCAAAAUGUACAAGCACCUUGAAGUUCUUCGCCUUUUGUCACAUUAGAGUCACAAACGUCAAAAAUAUUGCUCUUGAAUUGAAUGUAAAAAGAGCAUGCUGUGCAUUUGUAUUCACCAUGAAUCAAUGCUUUCCAGGUUUAAGGAUCCCACAUACUCGGGCAUACUGUGGCGUAUUCAUUUGGCAGUGUUGACUCUGUACACACUGUCCAUGGACGGUUGAGAUGUUAUAGUCGAGCGAACCAAUUACAUCAAUUUCUCGUAACAAAUUCCUUCAUUUCCCACAAUCCCAAUGGAUAUUAGCUAGCUUGAUGAGCUGACUGCGUGCCUAGCCCCGUUUUUUCUCCACCAGGGCAGCCAGCGCCCCCAAAGUGGCGACCUGGCUUGUUACUGUUUGCACCGACUUUCAGUCUUAUCAGCUUACUGUUGCAUUCAAAAUAGUUUGAUGUGACCACUGUUUCACACUGAGCAGCUUCCUGUGUGACACCACAUACGUAGACGUUUCCAAUGAGUCCGCAGAGUGAAGUACGCCCGUGUAUUUGGGUGACUUUUGCUGAAAUUUGGAGCACCAAGGCAUUUAGGACAUGGCUCUACAAGCUUUGCUCAGGCAGAAACUAACAUCUUAGACAGUUUUUAUUUGCAAAAUAGCAAAGAAAGUCAAGACAUCAUUGGUCAAGAUGAUUAGCAAACAGGAGUUUGGAAGACCUGCCAAAGAUUAUUUGUUUAAUCUAGUUCUUGAUUUUGUUGAAAGGUGAAUCCUGACCAAAGGUUCAACUCUUUACCAAUCUCCUCAAUGCUUGUGGUCCUGUGUUGGUUUUAUUUUAGGGAUCUAAAGAAACCAGUAUGCUGUAAUUGCAUUCUGGCUUUAAACCAUGUACGAUCUUCCCUCCAUUUCACUACAAAUAACCUGGUCUGUCACAUAAAUUUCUAAUAAGACUUCAGAGUUUCUAAUUGUAAUGCACAACGGAGUAUUAGUGUCAUACUAAUAAUUUAAAAAAAAAAUGAAAUUAUGAGAAUAAAGUAAUAAAAUUAUGAAAAUAACGUCAAAAUAAUGCAAGAAUGACUUUAUUCUAGUUAUAUUAUGACUAUAUUUGUAAUACUACAACUUAUUUUUUUCUUAGCCUGGCCCUAAUACUCCAUUGUAUUAAUGUCUCAAAAGGCGAAAACAUUUUUUAGAAGUAUUAAUACUUUCACAUGGCACUGUACUGUGUGGAGCCAAGUACACGAGUCAGUAGUAGUCGAUUUCUAUGUCAACAAAUUAUUGUUUGUAUUUAAUUCCUUUUGUUUUAGUAGGCUUAGCAAAUGAAACUCAACAAAUAGUAUGUUUUUUUUUGUUAUGGAUACAAGACCCUGCCCAGUUGUGAAGCCAUAAGUGUCAUCUGUCAUUUCACUGCUUCAUGUCAAACUACAGCCUGGUUUGUACAGACGCUAUUAGGGGGGGAACCUCCCCCCCCUGAAUACUCUUGCUUUUAUUAUAUCUCACUGUACUGUGAUGUUUCCCUACAGUGAUGGUAGAAAACCUGGUGAAAACUGCUUUGUGGUCUCAGUGGGUCAGUAUUGCCAUGUGCUCUGUGUGUAUAAAAUGUUUUGGGAGGAGCUUAAGAACGAACUCGUGAAUUAAUAUGGCUAAAUUCAGACGGCGUGUGGGGAGAUGUAACAGCAGUUACAUUUGGCUUGUUCAUGUUAAGCAGGUUAAGAUUUCUUUUUUUACUCUUUUGAUUGAAAAUGUAAAAAAAAAAAAGAAAAAAAGAACACAUGUCAAAGCUCCUUCAAUGAGACUAACCACACACAGAAUCUAUGCACCUAAAACACAGCAGCAGCUGGAGCCGGAUGUGAACCCAGCUAGCACGACUCGAAUUCAUCCAUGACUCAAUUACUGACGUUUAUUCAUUUACCUUCAGCGAGACAAUCAGUUUCAGUAAAGUCCUUCUAACGGUCUCAGCAAUAUUUUUAGAACACUAAAUUAAAUUUGUAAGCACACACACACACCACUCAUUUUCCACACGGACAUCAGAUUUUUAUAAAUCAUGUCAGACUGGGUAUGAUCUCCCCCCGCGGGUCAGGGAGAAGCAUUUCACAGCCCGAUGAGGUGACUAGGGCCGAAUAAGGAAAAUACAAGCUUGAGGUAAGAUUUGUAGGAUGUCGCUUGGCCCUGAACCUGAACAAUCUCCACCAACAGACAGAACAUAUCUCAAACUCUGCUCAAUAAGUCUUUUAUUUGGUGAUGAAAUGAACUAGGAAAUGUUUUCCUGACAUGAAAAGUGAAAUAAAAGGAGAAUUAAAUACAUAACAAAACUGACACUCAUCCUUUGACCAGAUCUGUUAAUCUCAAUUAGACCUUAGUAGCUUUCUGUCUUUGAUUUUCAUUUAUACUACAUCAGCAUGUACAUGUGGCGGUAUGGAAAUUGCCUAAACUAAUAGACCUUUUCAGUUCUAAUUGAAGUUGAUUCUUCACAUUUUAAUACAUUGAAUGUUUCUUCAUGGCUUGUUAGAAACUGGACUGUGGCAAAUUUGGAAAACUUUUGUAAUUGUGAAGGGAUUUAUGAUAUUCUUGGUUAACAUGUCCUGCAUUCAAUCUUAGCAUGGUGUGGUGGUGUUGCUCCCGAAUAUCUCAGUUCGCUCAACUUCUUGGUGUAAUCCUGUCCCUCUGAAUGAAAACAAGUUAGCCAAAAGCUAGCAAAGGAGUCGCAUUUGCUUAAGGUUGUUUCCACCACCUUGUUUCACUAUACAUGGGAGGUUCCUGGUCCUCCACCAUUAGUUUGAGCUUAGCACUAGCACUUUUAUACUUGAAGAGGCUUCAAUAUUUAAUCAGGUUAGCAGCUACAGGGGUUUAUAUAUUGUUGGCUAACAGUAAAGGUUCCAUCUCUGCCGAAUCCACCACAAACUCCCUUUUUCCUUCCAUGUCAAGUAGGCCUGGCCAUAAUGAGGGAAAUUAUUGUUGGCAUCCAAAUAGCAAAGGAUGGACAGUACAGAACCUUGGUUUGGUUGUUGAGUUAAUCCUAUUAGCUGUAGCGAGACGGAGAGUAGGACCCAGUUAUCAGCCAUUCCCUCAAAGCAUUGGUAACACCUAGCAAGAGUAAAGGCAACACCUGUACACCGGGUUGUGGAGGAGCUGAUGUUGUUGUCCAGGCAUGUGACCAGUGUGGCAAGUCUUGCUUCAAAAUCCUACACAAACGAGCCACACCAGUGCUGCAAACAGGACCCAGAUACUUCCAAAGCUCUCCAAAAACUACAACGCUAAAAUGAUUAACGCGUUACUGAAGACCAUGCAGAUUUCAGCCUAACUGCAACACCUUCAUCCAGUGUUUUAGGGGGUGCUGGUAAUAUCUGAGCUAAAUGAAGAUUCAUAAAACUCUCAUGUUGCUCCGCUAACCACAGCUAAACUUUGUGAAACGGUUGCUUUCUAAAAUGAUCGGUGUGUUUUCAGAUCAAAUUGAUUAUGAAAAGCUACCUCAUAAAAAGAAAAGGACAAAUUUGCAACUUGUAUAUGACAGAAACACAGCAUAAAAAACUUAUUACAAAAAGAUAACAUGAUUUUAAUGUAUUGUUAAAUUGAAUAUUGACAUCAAAGUAACAUAUAUCCACAAGAAAAUUAUAUAUUUGUGUAUUUUUUUGUGUUUUUGCUAUCCAAAGAUGGGGAACUGAGAUGAAAUGUAGUCUAAACAGUGUGAGCAGGUUUAAAAAACCACAGAUGAUAAUCAAGGUAAUCUUUCUGCUUGUUGGCAAAUCUCACAUCAAAUGACCAGGAAUGAUGAGGCAAACAAAGGAAAGUCCAUUUGGGCUCAACAACACAACUCACAUGUGAAAUUAUAAAUGCACAUUUAUUCACCAACAAUAAAAAGAAGGACAGGAAGGCAAUGGUAAUUACUAGCAGACAAUAAAUGCAAUAAAAAUACAACACCAGAUGUUGACAAGAAUCUGGCUGUAAUAUUACUUACUAGAUUCUGAAGGUUACUUGUUAAUAUCAAGUAAUAUCAAGCAGGGGGUAUUUAAAAAAUUAAAAAAAUGAAGACUUGGUUUUUUAAACUGUGAAACUAAACUCUGGUCUCAAAGGACAUUUUUAAGCAAUCCAUCAUUCUAAGUCUAGUUUGGUUUAUAUAGUGUUGAACAUAAAAACCUUAGUAGCUGUACAGAGUAACUGAUAGUGACGGACGGAGUGCUUUAUUACUACUUGCUUUUUGACAUGUUGACAAAAUUUGUGGCAUGAGAUUCACAGAGCUGCCAUAUUUGCCAGGCUUUGCUGCAAAAUUUGCACAAGUAGUGCUCAAUAGUAACCAGCUGUCGCAGGAAUGACCCAAUAAUUUUACCGCUUAACCUCAUGCUACGCUGUUCAACACGCUCUGUUUGUGUUGAUGAAGACACGCUAACCUUAGCAUGUUGAAUGUUUGGAAUUGCCCCCAACUUGAGGGAGACCACGCAAUCUUAGAAUUUCUGCAUUUCUGUUAGUCUUUAUGUUUGUUCCUGUUUCACAAAGAUAGAACGUCAAUUUAUUUAUGUAGCACAUAAAAACAACAAAUGUUGACCAUUAAAUAAAGCAAGAUAGCAACAAUAAGGACAAAAAUGUUAUAUAUUUCAAAAUAAGGUUAAAACUAAAAACAAAUAUGCUUCAUUAUUGUCAUCGUAAGAGAAAUUCAAACUGUUUGAAUCAAACACCAAAGAAUACAAAUGUCUUGAGCAAAGAUUUAAAAGUCUCAACAGUCUCAGCGGUUCAUGUAAAGGUAAACCUUUCCAAAAUUUAGAAGCAGAAAUGGCAAAAGUCUGAUCAGAAAACAGAAUUACAGACAAACGGCUAGCAAAGAAAUUAUAUUGACAAUAUAAGUUGCUGUGAAAAAACAAAAUAAAUGACGUUGAUACUAAAUAAUAAUUAGAAAAAAUUGUGUGUGUGUGAUAGAAAUUGUGAUUAAAAGAGGGAAAUGUUUCCUCGUCUCACCACAUCCUGCAAGACUGAAUGUCCGACCAUUUGAUAAAAUCAGGAAGGUUUAAGAGUGAUGAGGAUUAAGACUGCUCUGGAGCAGGCUUUAUCUGUCAUAUUAGAGCUUAUAUGAUUCCAUUUAACAAUCAAUAAUAAGGAUUUACAUCUAAGCCUGGAAACAAUACCGCCUAAGAGGGAAGAUAAACAAGAGAUUUUUUUCUCUCUGUUCGGCAGCACUGAGAGAUGAACGCUGCAGUUCAGAGCAAGCGCAUGCAAUACAAAGGCUAAUCAAGCAGAAAUCUUAUGUAAUAUAACAAAAAAAGGACAGAUGCAAAACACAAAAAAAACAACCCUCUGCAAAUACAGAAACAGCAUUAAACGUGCUGGUAAACAACCCUGACAAAAAGAAAACGCUCCAUGAAGGCAAUUAAAUGUGACUCCUAGAAGCUGCUCGUCAACGUGUGAACAGCGUUAGCAUAACAUCCACUUUCUUCUUUACAAAAUAAAAAAAAAAAUCCUUUUUCAGAGACUUUAUCGACUGUGAUUAUCUCAAGAAAAAGUAUCAUUUUGCAAAGUAAAGUUUUCUGAAAGUCGGCACCAAAUCGUGUGUCAUUUGCAAAAUGCUUUGUGAGUUUUCACUCAGCAAGAAAAACAGAUUUUUAACCUGCAUGAGAAGAUUAAAAAAAUAAAAACUAUAUUGAAACGUAUUACGCUGUUUUUCUAACCCAAUACAAACAAUUUUUUAAUAGCUCCCUGUCUGAUCAAGACGUUUCUGUGACUUCCUGAUUAGACAGUGUUUUUUUAAACUGCGAAAACAGUUAAUGUUUGAUAAUAAAUUAUCACCACCACCACUACAGGGUAUUUCUACACGGAUACAAACAUUAUUGUCUGAAGACAUGAUUUGUUUAUGAUAUAUGGCUUUGUGGAAUUGUCAUGUAAUAAUAACCUUCAAUAAAAUUUUGGUACAGUUAGUUAAAUACAGUCUUACUGUAUAUAACCUAAAUUAAUUUAAACAAACGUAAAACAUGAUCUACAGCUAGGGCAAUAAUUAUUCCUACUGCUGAUUUUUACUAUUUGAAUAAUAGCUACAAAACAAUUGAUUUAAUUUUGCUUCAGACUUAAGCUGAUACAUUGAUUAAACACUAACUAGUUUCAUAGUUUUUAACUUAUGAAUGCUCAGAAUAUUACAUGUUUUUCUUUUUAUACAAAAACAUAAGUACAACAACAUGAUGUCUGGCUUAAGUAGCUAGCGUCAGUCAAGUCAAGUGCUUGACAGAAAUUCUGCUUGUCCAUUGUAUUUUAACUAGUAUUAAAUUUAAAGUAAACCACAAAGCAGCAAGUUGGACUGAAACAUCGGCUGAAGAUAUUCAAAACAAUCUGUGACAAAACAAAUGUCUAAAGGAUGGUUCAGGAAAUUUAAAUUUUCAUUAGAACUCAGCUUAAAUCUAGCCAACGUGUAAAAUAUAAGAUAUUUCUCAUCUGUGAUUGAAGAACAGUUUUUACCAUAAAACCCUCACACUACUAGCUGCUAGCUUAGAACAAUAUUAACAGCAGUGCUUUAAAUUCUAAAGCAGACUUUUAAAAAUUGUUCUUGCUGACUAAGAAGUGGUAUCAAAACUUCCCCCAACAUGUAUUCUGUAUUUAUUAUUUUGGGUAAUUGGAACAGGACAAUUACUCGAUUGUCCUGUUUUAGAAAUUAGGCUAACAUUAGCUUGAUUUGAAUGAGCUAGUGAUGUUUGUGCUAAAGCUGCAGUAUGUAACUUUUAUAAACACUUUUUUUUUUUUUACAUAUUUAUUAAAACUGUCACUAUGUCCUGAUAAUAUAAUAUGAGAUGGAUAAUCUGUCAAAAAAAUCAAGCUCCUCCACCCCCUCCUAGUGCUAGUAACUCUGUCUGAAGAAAUGCACAGCUCACGGUCAAAAACAGCCAAUCAGAGCCAGAAGGAGGGUCUUAGCGCUGUCAGUCAAUUCAGAUACAGGCUGCUAAAUGUGCUAAUGUUGAAGAAACAAAUUAUCGUUCCAAGAAAAUUGUUUUUGUCCCCUGUUUUUGGUGGCCAUGCUAGCGGGGAGAAGCUUUAGUGUAGCAGCUAGCUAGGGGGAGGCUGACUGACAUAAGACCCUCCUUCUGGUUCCGAUUGGUUGUUUCUCACAAACCUGUUUACUUCUAUAGUUAGCACUGUGAGAAGGCAGAGGUGUUCAGUUUUUCCACUUAUGAUCUACGACAGACAGUACUGUCACGACAUAGUGACAAUUGUAAAACACUUUUUUUUUUUUAAAUAAAAAAAAAAGUUACCCCAGCUUUAAAAUUUUAUUUAACACAGUUCCUGUCAGUAAACAUGAUUCACUGUAUUAAAUCAAGGUUCUGGUUUGCUGGAUAUAGUUGGAUGAAACACCAAAUUCUUUUCAUGUAAUUAGCCUUUUACUGACACGUGGUGAGAUGAGAGCGAUGACCUCGUUCUCUCUGAACGAUCUGUGUGUCUCCAUUGAUUUGGCGGCUCAGACCGGCUGUACAUGUAGCUGUCGCCAGCUCGUCAAAGCGGCUGGCAGGCUUUGGUUUUCAAACCGAGUUGAGGCUGUGACUCCAGUGCAGUAGUUCAGUGCCUAUACUAAACGUGAGGUUGUGCCUCGACUAUGAAUUCUGUUCUCUAAUAAACUAUUUUGACUUGU